AUGACAUAUUGCCUAAGAGAGAGAGACAGUCUCGCAAGAAUUAUUAAUUUAAAAAGGCCUUUAAAGAUAAAAUUUUUCAGGUUUUUAAUGGCCCUUAACAAAGCUGAAUUAUGUUCUUCACUUUGUUCAUGUCCUCUUCUUCUACAAAUGCAAGAAAAUUUUGUAAAGAAAUUUAAAGUAUAUCCAAAUCAAGGAGAAAUGGUUCAAACAACGAGUAAUUUUAAAGAUAUAAUAAAGGCAUUAGAGCUUCCAAAUAAACAAAAUAACGAAAAUAACGAAGAAAAUGAAGAAAAUUUAAAUUUACUUUACCAACCAGAAAUUAGUAAUUUAUGGCAUUCUUUUGAUGAAAUUAACAACGAUCAAGAAGAAUACAAGGAAGAAAAAAAUGAUGAUGAAGAUAAUAUUAUUGCUUCUUUAGAUUAUAAAAUUUUAAAUGAAGAAUCAAAAACACCCAUUCCAGUUUAUGAAACUAUGACUGAAUUGGAGCUUAAUUUAAGUUUAUUUUUUUUAUUUUUUAAAACUGUGGAGGACAUUUGGUCCCAACGAAAAAUUUUUUUCAAAGAAAAAUUUUCCGUUGGGACAAUCUGCCCCUCCCUCAUUUAA